AUAAUUUUAUCUCUAAGUCACACAACCCAAAAAUAGAAUUUGGUAAGAAUGACGUGUACAAGUAGUAUAUUUGUAAUUGUUUAAUAGUAUUGAUUUCCCUCUAAAACUUUCUCUCUCUUCCCUGCAACUAGAGAGAGAGAGAGUUGGAUGAUAAUACAUCAUAGUACGAAACAACAACAUUAGUUAGUUACAGAGAAGAAGGAAGGUAGUGAAAUUCAAGAAAACAAAAACAUAUAGUCUCGAGAAAGCAAGUUUUUUUUCUCCCAAUGCAAAUUUGUUGAUGCCAACAACUAUUUCUUCUCUAAUGCCAAUGCCGAGGCAAUUCUUGAACGCCACCCCAUUUUUCUUCCACCACCGCCACCUCCUCCGCCGCCGCAAUAUUAUUAUUCACUACCCUCAUAUUUUGGUCAUCUUCUCUCUCCUCUUUCUCUCUCAUCCAUCCCUCAUAUUUUCAGCUGAUCAACCAAACGCGGAAGCUCUUGUGUUGUAUUCUUGGCUCCGGUCUUCUUCUUCGCCGGCGGCGGCGGCGGCGGCUUCUGCGUUUUCAAACUGGGACCCACGAGAAUCAAACCCUUGUAAAUGGGCUUUCAUUUCUUGCUCUUCUGAUUAUUACGUCACCGAGAUAAACAUACAGUCCGUGCAUCUCGGUUUGCCCUUCCCUUCAAACCUGUCGGCUUUUAAGUUUCUUGAAACCCUCGUUCUUUCAGAGGCGAAUCUCACCGGAGCAAUCCCGUCCGACGUCGGAGACUGUGUUUCCCUCAAAACAAUCGACCUCAGCUCCAACGCUCUCGUCGGCGUUAUUCCGGCGAGUAUCGGCAAACUCAAAAACCUGGAGCAACUGACCCUGAACUCCAACCAGCUCACCGGCGAGAUUCCGCCGGAGAUCGGUAGUUGCUCCUCCCUGAAAAUUCUCGAACUGUUCGACAAUCGUCUGAGCGGGUUCAUCCCCGGCGAGCUCGGAAACCUCGCAUCUCUCGAAAUCCUACGCACUGGCGGCAACCAAGAAAUCGAAGGCAAGAUACCGGAUGAAAUCUCCGGCUGCAGAAAUUUGCAGGUUCUAGGCCUCGCCGAAACAAAAAUUUCCGGUCAAAUCCCAUCUUCGUUAGGCAAGUUAAAGAAGCUCCAGAUUCUGUCACUCUACACCACAAUGCUCUCCGGCGAGAUUCCGCCGGAGAUCGGAAACUGCUCGGAGCUCGUCGGUCUGUACCUGUACGAGAGCAGCCUCUCCGGCUCCCUCCCCCGCGAGCUCGGAAAGCUUCCAAACCUCGAGAAACUCCUCCUAUGGCAGAACAACUUCGUCGGCUCAAUUCCGCCGGAGAUCGGAAACUGCAAAAACCUAAUCAUCCUCGACGUUUCACUGAACUCGUUAACAGGGACGAUACCGGAAUCAUUCGGCAACCUCACUAACCUCCAAGAACUCAUGCUCAGCAGCAACAACGUCUCCGGUUCGAUCCCUGCGGUUCUCUCCAAUGCCACCAGCUUGAUACAGUUACAACUCGACAGCAACCAAAUCUCCGGCUCAAUCCCACCGCAACUCGGAUCUUUGACUCACCUCCAAGUCUUCUUCGCAUGGGAUAACAAACUACAAGGAAGCAUCCCUGCCGAAUUAUCCGGUUGCAGAAGCUUACAAGCUUUAGAUUUAUCAAGAAACUCAUUGACCGGCAGUUUGCCACCAACCAUAUUUCUGCUCACUAAUCUAACCAAGCUUCUCUUGAUUUUCAACGAUAUCUCCGGUUCGAUUCCGCCGGAGAUCGGUGGCUGCAAAUCCUUAUUCAGAUUAAGAUUAGCAGGGAACAAAAUCAGUGGCCAAAUACCUAAAGAAAUCGGCUCCCUUACGAAUCUGAGUUUUCUUGAUCUGUCGAUGAACCAUCUUAGCGGAACCCUUCCCGACGAAAUCGGCCGUUGUGGAGAAUUACAGAUGCUGAAUCUCGCCGGGAAUUCGCUUACCGGAAAUCUGCCUAGUUCGGUAUCUUAUCUUAGCAAACUCGAGGUGUUGGAUCUUUCUUCGAAUCAGUUUACUGGCUCCAUUCCGAGUAGCUUCGGCGAACUCUUUUCAAUUAGCACCCUUUCGCUUAGCGGCAAUUCGUUCUCCGGCGAAAUUCCGGCGACCCUCGGCCGCUGCUCGAGGCUUCAGUUGCUUGACUUGAGCCGGAAUAUGCUCUUUGGCGGGAUUCCUGUGGAGAUCUUCGAAAUCGAGGCUCUCGAAAUUGCUCUAAACUUGAGCUGGAAUUCGCUAACAGGGGAGAUUCCAUCUGAGGUUGUUGCUCUAACCAAGCUCUCUGUUUUGGACCUUUCGCAUAACAAGCUCGAGGGGGAACUGAUGUCACUUUCGGGGCUCGUAAAUCUCGUUUCUUUGAAUGUUUCUUACAACAAUUUCACGGGCUAUCUCCCCGAUAACAAGCUCUUCCGGCAGUUAUCCGACACUGAACUGGCCGGAAACCGAGGUUUGUGCGCUAAAGGACACGAUUCGUGUUUCUUGAGCAAUGCGGAAGGUGGUUAUUUUACGGGCCGAAAAAAUGUCGGUCGAUCUUGGAGGCUAAAAUUGGCUAUUUGUUUGCUGUCUUUCGUGACCGCGGCUUUGGGAAUUCUCGCGUUGGUUGCAAUUAUGAGAAUUAGAAGAAUGAAUAAAGAGGACACAGAUUCCGAAUCGGGAGGUGGCCUAGAUUCGUUUUCUUGGAAAUUCACUCCGUUUCAGAAGCUCAACUUUUCGGUCGAGCAAGUGUUGAGUUGUCUCGUGGAGGACAACGCCGUCGGCAAGGGGUGCUCCGGCGUCGUAUACCGGGCGGAGCUCGACACCGGCGAAGUCAUCGCUGUGAAGAAGCUGUGGCCGGAAGCCGCUGCCGCCGCCAACCAAGCGACCCGUGGCGGUGGCGGUGGUGGGGUCCGCGACUCGUUUUCGACGGAGGUGAAAACGCUUGGAUCGAUCCGGCACAAGAACAUCGUGAAGUUUCUGGGUUGUUGUUGGAAUCGGAGUACGAGGUUGCUCAUGUACGAUUACAUGCCGAACGGGAGCUUGGGAAGUGUGCUCCAUGAGAAGAGUGGGAGUUUCAUGGAGUGGGAUGUGAGGUAUAGGGUUAUUCUAGGUGCGGCUCAAGGGUUGUCCUAUUUGCACCAUGAUUGUGUGCCUCCAAUUGUUCAUAGGGAUAUUAAGGCUAAUAAUAUCUUGAUCGGGCUCGAUUUCGAGCCGUAUAUUGCCGAUUUCGGAAUUGCUAAGCUCGUGGAUGAUGGAGAGUUUGCCCGAUCGUCCAAUACGAUCGCCGGUUCCUAUGGCUACAUCGCUCCCGAGUAUGGAUAUAAGAUGAAGAUCACGGAAAAGAGCGACGUUUAUAGCUAUGGAGUGGUGGUGCUCGAAGUCUUGACGGGCAAGCAACCGAUCGACCCGACAAUACCGGACGGGGUCCAUAUUGUGGAUUGGGUCAGGCAGAAAAGGAACAACGGGGUGGAGGUGUUGGACCCGAGGCUACGGCAAAGGGCGGACGCGGAGAUUCAAGAAAUGAUGCAGACAUUGGGGGUUGCUAUGCUUUGCGUGCAUCCUUUGCCGGAGGAUCGGCCGGCCAUGAAGGAUAUAGCGGCGAUGCUCAAGGAGAUAAGGCAUGAGGCUAGAGAGGAGAUUCCUAAAGUUGAUGUGCUUAUUAAAGGGUCCUCACAAGUUGGUGGUGGUGGUGGCGGCGGCGGUGGUGGUGGAGGAGAGGAGAAUCAUAAGAGUUUAAUUGGAGGGACAUCGUCGGCAAUGUAUUUGCAGAGUAAUAACUCGAGUUUCUCGGCGUCUUCGUUGUUGCACUCGGCUUCUUCUUCUUCUUCCUCCAUUGCAAGAUUUGGGCUCAAUAAACAAUAGAGGAAUCAAGAUAUAGUGGAUUUAUUUUGGUUUUAUAUAUGUAAUUUUUUGUUUUUUGUAUGUAGCUAAGUUUGUGUUUGGUAAUUUGUAUGAUUUGUGGAAAUAUUGUAACACUUUUGGCGCCAUUAAUUAGUUGACGCUAUGCUAUAUGAAAUAUAUACGAGUGUUUUAA